CAUGAACUUUCUCCUGGGAUCUGGUGGUCUCUUCCUUGUCUGAUCUGGGCGACCCCACCAGUCACUUCUUCAUGGUGGUACAUGGGCGCCGUGGGCUCCUCGCGAGUGAUGUGCGACAACGUCCCGGGGCUGGUGAGCCGGCAGCGGCAGCUGUGCCGGCGGCACCAGGCCAUGCUAUCCAUCGGCCGCGGCGUGGCCGGGACGGCGAGUGCAGCACAGUUCGACCGGCACCGCUGGGACUGCAAACGCCCUGGAGCGGGGGCAGCGCUCCUCGCCGCGUCCUGCUGCGCAGGUAGUCGUGAAUCUGCAUUUGUGCAUGCCAUCUCCUCUGCUGGAGUUGUUUUUGCCAUCACCAGGGCAUGUAGCCAAGGGGAGCUGAAAUCUUGCUCCUGCGAUCCCAAGAAGAAAGGCUCUGCCAAGGACAGCAAGGGCCAUUUUGACUGGGGUGGCUGCAGCGAUAAUAUUGAGUAUGGCAUUAAAUUUGCCAGAGCCUUUGUGGAUGCCAAAGAACGGAAAGGAAAAGAUGCAAGGGCGCUGAUGAACCUUCACAACAACAGAGCUGGAAGGAAGGCCGUGAAGCGGUUUUUGAAACAGGAGUGCAAAUGUCACGGGUGAUCAUGCACUCUAAGGACCUGUUGGCUGGCCAUGGCAGACUUUAGGAAAACAGGAGAUUAUCUGUGGAAGAAAUACAAUGGAGCAAUUCAGGUGGUCAUGAAUCAAGAUGGCACGGGUUUCACUGUGGCUAAUAAAUUUAAGAAGCCAACUAAGAAUGACCUGGUAUACUUUGAAAGCUCUCCAGACUACUGUAUCAGGGACAGGGAUGUAGGGUCCCUUGGGACAGCUGGGCGGGUGUGUAACCAAACCUCCCGUGGCAUGGACAGCUGUGAGGUGAUGUGCUGCGGGAGAGGCUACGACACGUCCCGCGUCAGCAGAAUGACCAAAUGCGAGUGCAAGUUCCACUGGUGUUGUGCUGUGCGCUGCCAGGACUGCCUAGAAGUGGUGGAUAUUCACACUUGCAAAGCGCCAAAGAGCGCUGGCUGGAUCUCCCGGACUUAAUGCACAGGCUGUUGAUGCUGAGGACCACAACCUUUUGCCCUUCCUGGUCUGUGUAGGGAAGGCAUCUGAGGUCUUUGCUGCUUUUACACCUGUUUUGCCUUUGUUAUUCAUCGCACAGAAAUUGCUGGAUAAUUAAUAGAAACA